GAGGACUUCGGCUUGGGACAGGAUGCGCGCGUUCAGGACGCUUUGAGCAUGGCGGUGGAAGCUCUCCACUGCGGGCUGAGUCCACGUGGCAUCGAUCGCUCUGCCCAUGCUGAAGGCCUUAAGCUGCAGAUCGAGAGUGAAAGCGUGGAUGCUCAGUCCCUGAGAAGCAAGCAUUUCCCGAAGGUGCCUGACCAGAGGGGAGCCUCACAGCAGCUACAGACAGAGGCAGAGACAACCAAGUCAGCUGCGGUGAAGCUGUCUAAGCCGGUGGCUCUGUGGACCCAGCAGGAUGUCUGCAAGUGGUUGAAGAAACACUGUCCAAGUCAGUAUCAGAUCUACAGCGAGUCAUUCAAGCAGCACGACAUAACUGGGCGAGCCCUGCUGAGACUCACGGACAAAAAGCUGGAGCGGAUGGGGAUUGGCCAGGAGAGUCUGCGGCAGCACAUCCUUCAGCAGGUGCUCCAGCUGAAGGUGCGAGAGGAGGUCAGGAACCUACAGCUGCUCACUCAAGGGAAUGCUGAGUGAUGUGCAAGAAGCGAAUCCACGCUGCGCCUGUGGACAGGAAAGACAGUGGAUGGAGUAAGGCUGUGUGCCUUGUAUGUCACUUUCUGUUGUGAAAUAUAUGAGUAUAUUAACUAUUUAAAGCAAUAAAAUUUUUAAAAAGCGA